CACGUGAAGAUCGCAAUCCUAAUCAGAUGCGCUCCUCCGUCUUCUUUGCUUCUCUUUGAUCGGCAACGAGAUGAUCGACACUCCGUAACGGUGGGCGUUUUGAUGUAAUCGUCUCAAUUCUGCUGUGUUUCUAACUCUGCCUUUGCACCUCUGAUUUCUCUGUGCUGCAUCUCCUCUUUACGAGCGGCUCGACGUCUCCUCCUCGGCCUCAUUAUCAUAUGCGACUCCAUAUUUGCUUCUCUUUCUGUCACCAGCAAUCGUGGUUAUUCUCUGGGAUCUGCUUGAGGUAUUUUACCCAGAUUUUCAUCUUUUUCGUGAUUGAGAUUUCAAUUAUAUUUUUUUUUACUUCUCUCUUGUGUUUUUCGUGUUUGUUCAGAUUAUAUUUGAUUAUCAAUCUUGUGUUUGAGGAUCUGUUUGAUUCAUAUUUUAUUUCUCUGAUAUUCUUAUGCAUGAGCUCGAUGCGUUUCUGAUUCCCGGGAAGUCAUCGACGAAUACAGAUUCAGUGAACGAGAGGAUUCAAUUGGAUUGAGGGGUUUGCGUGAUUCUAAUCAAUGUUGUGUUUGAGAAACCAAGGCCGUGUGAUCCUUUUGUUCUGGAAGGCGCUCAAAGUCUCGGCGCUUCUUUAAGAAUUCACGUCUUCUCAGAAAAUGCUCCAGAUGAUGAUGCAGACACGUGAAACCAGUCAAAGCCAGGAAAUCUAUAAGAAAACGUGGGAUGCAUCUGGUGAGCAGCGAUUGGUUGUUUCAUUUCAAGGAGCCAAGGAGGUGAUGAUAAUUACAAAGGAUUACUUGCAACUACGACAUUCUUCCCAGUACAUUUAUUAUAUCUUAUAUGUGCUAUGUCUUAACCUGAAAAUAAUCUAUGCUUUUGUAUCAUUUUCAAUUCAAAUCAUCACGACCUGUGACACAGAUACUAGAUGGAGCAAAGAAAACGAGAUUUUAAAAAGUCAGUUAAAUGAUUCUGCUUCUGAGAUGUCUAAGGUGAAAGCUAACGAAGAUGAGAUGGCUUCAAAUGUGUGUCGGAUUGGAGAAGAGUUGGAAGAAAGCAGAGAAGAGAAAGCUCAGAUAAAGGAGAAGCUUGAGUUCAUGGGAGAAACAAAAGAAGCUUUAGAAGCUGAGAUGAAGACGCUCGGAGUUCAAACCGAGCAGUGGAGGAAGGCGGCUGAUGCUGCAGCUGCGGUUCUUUCUGGAGAGUGUGAGAUGAACGGUAGGGAUGGAUCCAGGUCACUAGACAAGUCUUUGUAGGUGGUGGGUUGUUUGACCAGAGUGAGGUGGUUGGGUUCAUGGAUGAUGAUGAUACUGAAGAUAAAUUAGGAAGUGGGAAUAGGAAGAGGAAGAGUUCAUGGAUGAAGAUGUUUGGUGACUUGUGGAAAAAGAAAGGGCACAAGUGAGAUGCAAGACUGUGUUUUUUCUUACCAUGUGAGAGUUAAAAAUAUAAUGAAAUAAAAUCUUGCGCAGAAACUAUAAUAUUCUCUAAAAGAGUUACAGCAAAAUCUUUUUUUUUGAAAAUAAUAUUGACAGUGUAUAUUAUUGCUAAGC